AUGUCUAAAAAUGUUUUCCAUUUAGAUUAUAUAGAGAUUGAAAAACUCUCAUACCUAAAUAUAAGAGAAGCAGCUAAACAAUUAGGUUUAGAUAAUAGUGGUAUGAGAAAUUCAAUUUUAAAAAGGAUAAGAAGAAAACUUAGUAGUUUAAACCAUGCAAGCAAUUCCAAUGAAACUCAAGAUAUUGAUGAUGAUAAUAAUUUACACCAAACUGAAACUAAAAUUAAAAAUUUAAAUAAAAUUAAUACCACCGCUAAUAAUAGAGACAAUCAUAUCAAAGAAGAACAAGAAGAAUUAGUAGUAGUAGAAGAAGAAGAAAAAGAAGAAAAAGAAAAAGAAGAAAAAGAAGAAAAAGAAGAAAAAGAAGAAGAUGAUGAUAAUAAUGAUUAUGAUGAACAUGAAAUUAAUAUUGAAAAUGAUGUAACAGAUAUUGAAAAUAAUGAAACAGAUAAAAAAUUAAUAUCAAGUAAAAUACAAAUGGUUAUUUGUGGUCAUAAUGGAGACUAUCAUCAUACAUACAUGUGGAAAGGUAAAAUAGUUGACACCUUUCCUGACAAUGAAAUAAAGACAAGAAUAAAACUAUUUAAAAAAUUUGAUGCCGAAACUCAACAUUUAAAAAAUACUUUUGAUUUAAAUAGAUUAAAACUUAUAUACCAAUACUUUUUAGAAUCUAGAAUUCCUAACACAUUAAGUAAAUUAAAUCAGUUAUUAUCAGAUAAUAGUGAAGAUAAUAAUAAUAAUAGUAAUAAUAAUAAUAAUAUUGCUGGUAGUGGAAUUAUAAGUAGGAGUAGAAGUAGGAGUGGUAAUGUCAGCAGUGGAAGUGUUAGUGGUGGCAAGAGCAAUAGUAGUGAGAUAAGAUUAGAAAAUUUUCAUUUACCAACAUAUGAACCAAUAUGUCAUUGCAAUCAGUGUAAAAUCAAAGCAAACCAAAAUUCAUUUUAUAUAACAUUACCAAAUGUAAUAUUAGUUUGUAGAUGUUAUUUAUGUUUAUAUGGUAAACCACCAAUAUUGGUACAAGGUUUACUAUCACCAACAAGUUAUUUAUUUGAAAAGGUUGUAUCAAUUUCUGCAUUUGCUUUACAUCAGCAAUUAAAUUCAAGAAAUUUUCAUGAAGAAAGAGGAUACAUUAAAAAAGAAUAUUUAAUUGGUUACAUUAAUCUUCAUAAACAUUUACUUGGUUUAAUCAAUCAAGAUCUUUCAUUAGAUAUUUUUAAACCAAAAUUAGAGAGAGUUUUAUCGAAUCAAAAAAUUUUCUCUGAAAAUAAAUCAUCUGACACUCCAAAAUCCUAUUAUAAACUUUUAUUAACUGGUAAUCCUUGGGAAUCUAUUCUUAAUAAUAAUCAAAAUAAUAAUCAAAAUAAUAAUCAUAAUAAUAAUAAUAAUCAAAAUAAUAAUAAUAAUAAUAAUAAUAAUAAUAAUAAUAAUAAUAAUAAUAAUAUACAUAACAGAAAUAAGAAGAGACAAAACUCCUUUGAGGAAGAACAAACAACAAAAUUAAAAAAGAUAAAUCAAACUAAUAAUAAUAAAGUUAACGAUAGUUAUAAUGGUAAAGAUGAAAAUAAUGAAGAAAGUAAAAUAAUGAAGCAGUCAGAAGAGAAUAACAUUAAAACGACAACAACAACAACAACAACAGCAACAGCAACAACAACAGAAAAUGGUAUUAACAAUGAGUUAGUUAGUGAAUCCGAAUCAUUAGAAUUAUCAAUUGUAGAAUUUAAAAAACCAAAAAGUACAAAUGAAGCCAAUUCAUUAUUUCCAUCACAAUUAGAUUCUGAAAUUUCAUUUUUUGAAAACAAACUAAAUAAGAGAAUUGAAAUUUUAGAUAUUGAAAGAAAGAUUUACAAAACUAUAAAUAUUGCAGACAUUUUACAAGAAUUGGAUGUACCAAGUAAAGUAUAUAAUAUUUUCAAAUCUGAAUACACAAGAUUCUUAACAUUAAAAGUAUUUGAAAAAGGUUUAUUUUCAAAGUUUAUUUUUUCACCUCACUUUUUAGAUGAAAUUUGGAGAAAACAUUAUGAAAACCUUAAGAUCUAUAAAGAAUUUUGUGAUCAAAUCGGUUUAAAUUUAGUAUACUCAAACUCAAUGUCAAUUGAUGGUGGUAAUUUUGAAAUGAUCUCAAUUGGACAAUUAAAAAAAUUUAAAUUAGAAAGAUUUUAUUUCACUUUGGAUUUAUAUACCAAAUUCUUUAAUGAUCAACCCAAUCUUUCAAUUUGGACUUUUGGUUUAAAUCCAAUUCAAACUAUUAAUAAUAUAAUUACAAAUUAUAAUAAUACAAAUGAUAAUAAUAAUUAUAAUAAUAAUACAAAUGAUAAUAAUAAUAAUAAUAAAAAUAAUAAUAAAAAUAAUAAUAAUAAUAAUAAUAAUAAUAAUAAUAAUAAUAAUAAUAAUAAUAAUAAAAAUGAUAAUAAAAAUAAUAAUAAUGAAUUUACUACAAAUGAAUUACAAAAUCAACAACUUAAUAAUAACUUCACCCCUAUUCCACAAACAUCAACAUCACUUCAAGAACAAGAAAAAGAAAAGCAACAAACUUUUUCAAAUGAUAAAAAUGAAAAUACAAACUCAAGUACAAAUACAACUUGUAAAGAUAAUGAAAAACAUUUUAUUCAUAUUAAAUGUCAUAUCAAUCAUUUAAAUGAAGAAUUAGUAUUCAAAAUUUCAAACAAAGCUCUACUUUGUAAAUUAAUGUGUCAAAUUUAUCAAAAGUUAGGAAUUACCACUGAAUAUGUACUUAAAUUUCAAUACAACGGCCUUGAACUACCACCUCAUCUAACCCCAAAUGAUUUUAAUAUAUCAAAUAAUGAUGUUAUAGUUGUUAUUAAACCAAAUAUUUAA